CCGCCCUUUCCCCCGCGCUGCGCUCUCAGCCUUGACCGGGCAGGUCACGUGCGCGUGACGUCAGCGCGUAGCUUGCGCGUGACGCGGUGCCGGGCAGGCGGGCGGGGCCGCUUUGAACGCGGAGGGGCCGAAAAUGGCAGUGAAUGUGUAUUCGACUUCGGUGACCAGCGAUAACUUGAGUCGACAUGACAUGUUGGCGUGGAUCAAUGAGUCCCUGCAGCUGACACUGACCAAGAUCGAGCAGCUGUGCUCAGGUGCUGCAUACUGUCAGUUCAUGGACAUGCUCUUCCCAGGUUCCGUAGCACUCAAGAAAGUGAAGUUUCAAGCAAAAUUGGAACACGAGUACAUUCAAAACUUCAAGGUUCUACAAGCGGGUUUUAAACGAAUGGGAGUUGACAAAAUAAUUCCUGUGGACAAACUAGUGAAAGGAAAAUUUCAGGACAACUUUGAAUUUGUUCAAUGGUUCAAAAAAUUUUUUGAUGCAAACUACGAUGGGAAGGAGUAUGACCCCGUUGCUGCUCGACAAGGCCAGGAGACGGUAGCACCAAACCUUGUUGCUCCAGUUGUGAACAAACCCAAGAAAUCGCUCACUUCUAGCAGUGCAGCCCCACAGAGGCCCAUUGUCACACAGAGGACUGCAGCAGCUCCCAAAGCUGGUACUGGGAUGGCGAAAAAGGCUGGAGGAGAUGACGAGUCAGCGGGAUUGAUUGAGCAGAUCAACGUAUUGAAACUUACUGUUGAGGAUCUGGAGAAGGAGAGAGACUUCUACUUCGGCAAAUUGAGGAACAUUGAACUGAUCUGCCAGGAGAAUGAAGGGGAGAAUGACCCAGUGUUGCAGAGGAUUGUGGAAAUUCUUUAUGCCACAGAUGAAGGCUUUGUGAUACCUGACGAAGGAGCCCCACAGGAGGAACAAGAAGAGUAUUAACAGACCACAUACUGUACCAGCAGAGCAGCAACAUCAGAAUUCUUUGCCCCAGAUCAUGUGCUUAACUGUAAAAUACUCCACUUUAUUCUUAGAGGACUCACUGGUUUCUUUUCAUAAGCAAAAAAGUACCUCUUCUUAAAGUGCACUUUGCAGAAGUUUCUCUUUGUGCCGUGGGUUUGAGUCGGGAUCUCUCUCACUCCGUAGCGGAGCAGCGUUCACAUCCAGGUGGUUUAUUUAGGGAGCAAGAGGCUGAACAUUUGGACCUUGUUGCAGAAUGAUUUGCUGGUAAAACACUGGUUUGUGGGGGGACGUUUUGUAUCUGAGGUGGUGUGUGGUAGAGAGAGUAAAGACUCUGAAUCACGGAAAGAUUGAGUUAAUGUGAAAUUGCAGCACAGAAAUUAUAAUAAAAUGCCUUAAGAGUAUUUAAAAUAUGCUUCCAUAUGCCAAAUUGAAGUAAUGUGACAGGAGAUUUUAUGUGCUUCAUAUUGGGGUAGACACUUGUUCAACUGUUCACCGCUGUCGGAGAGGCCUUGUGUGGCAAACUCGCUUUGUCAGCAAGUGCUCAAAAGGGGCUAUUAAAACAGAACUCCAUUCCUGUGUAAAGCUGCUUACGAAGUGAUUAGUUCUCGAUGAAAUAGGCCUUAAUGUUGCCUGUCACAAGAUUAGAGGGAGUAUGCACAGCUGAGACACAUAAAUUACCUUGAAGAGCGCGAAAGCCUGUUUCUGAGGCAUUGUGGCUGAUGACUUUACCAAAAUGUACUGUGUUUUCUGUAAGAAAAAACAAUCCAAAACCAAACCAACGGAACCGCGAAGGGCAUCCAGGCCGCUGCCUACAAUGUUCUUCAGUUUUCCUUCCUGGCUCUUUUUUUCUAUUUCCUCUGCUGCUUCUUGGUUUUGUUGCUAUACUUUUUGGUCUCCCGCUUGUUCUUUUCUCUUUCCCGCCCCAAGGAAUGCCGGUCAAAUCCAUUCGUUGUAACAGGGCUUGCACUGUGCAGCUGUCUUACAGUGAAAGUGAACUGAGCACGAGGAGGAAGAAUUUUCUGUCUUUUUUUUUUUUUCCCUUUCAAACCAGGACAUAUUUAAUACCUGCCAGUUCCGUAGUUGUCUGGGGUAAAAACUAAAAGAUGCUGGCUAACAGAGCUAAUGGUAUUGCAGAAAAUACAGUACUGAGACUAACUUAAAUAUUAAUAUUUAAAGUCCUUUCCUUACCUGUCCUCCUUUGCUCUCAUGCCCCUCGUUAUUGUUGUUUGCCAAGACCCUGCAAGACUUCUGACCCCCUACACUACUGAGACUGAUCAGCCCUGUUGUGCUUGUAUUCAUUUGUUCCUGGUGGUAGCUUGUCCUCAAAUGUGAGUAGGAGAGCAUUUUAUGGUAAUUGUUGUGUAGUGCAUGAAUCUUUGUGAAAUUGAGAGAAAAACCCAAAUUCAGUGAAUGCCAAAAAAUGCAAGUAUCCAGCCAUUGUUUAAAAUUGCAGUGGUGCUAUUUCUCUUGUGGCCUUUUAGACUUUUGUUGCCCUAAAAUUCCAUUUUACUGAGAAACCAUAUUUUACUUGGAUUUUUCUUGACAGGGUUUUUCUAUUUUAAGCAGUUUCUAAAUAAAGUUCUGUAUUUCAAGAGUGUCCUUGUCUGCUGGCGUCUCUUGUGCUUUCAGAUACGCUCAGGCGAAGCUAAAUCCCGGGAUAGCGCUCACGAUGAAGCUGGCAGGACCUGGGAUGUUGGCUUUCAUGCUGUAGUGGUGGUUACAGCCAUUGCUGACUUGAGUAGCGGUUCCGUCUGCUGGGGAAUCCACAGCUCCAGGUUUGGUUCUCACCUCAAGUGGAUGGAAUGUGAGAGUGGUGUUGACUUCCCCCUCCAAAAGGUGUGAGAACGGGGCUAUAUAACAGGAAUGUGAGCAUCUGAAGUGUUAGAACUGCUAAACUACUGGCUAUUAGUUAGAAAUAGGGUGGUAAUUGCCUCUGUCACUGGUCUCUCCGAGCAGACUGACUGUAAACUUAGCUGAUGUGUUUCACUUGAAGUGUGUUUGGUAGAUGGGGUUAAACAGAUGCGAGCACAGACUGCUCCUGUGAUGUAUCUAACCUUGAAAUGGAAGUAUUCCCUGCUGGAGAACACCUCCUGCUCGCAGCGGAUGCUGUGGACGCCUUGUCCUGCAGCGCAGGCAUUGUGGGCAGGGCCUGCUGCUGUUGAACUGCAGAAAUGCAGGUGUAGAACAGGGGGUUUGAUGCACAUAAAAUCUUCUGUACUGUUACUGACUUGCUUUGAGGUUGGAAGCAUAUUUUUUUCUACUCUAAAUAUAUCAUUAUUCCAGCAACUCAAAGCAAAAGAUGAGAAUAGUACGUGGCUGACUUUGAGGGUCUCUGCCCUUUGCAGUCCGGUUGGGCACUGGCACCUGGUCGCUUCCAGUCUCAGUUUCCCAGGAUUGCGUGUGUGAAACUGAAGCCCUCAGGGCAUUGGGUGGGUUGUGUUUGGUUGAUUUUGAUCAUUGUCAGCAAAGGAAGCAAAUACCCUUUUGUGAUAAGGGAAUGAUGGGUCAAGAAUACUGCUGGUGCGCCUGUGAGGCUGGUGAGUGUGCGGGCAGGCGUUAUAAAACUACACUGAAACUGCAGUCCUGUGAGGCAAAUGCUGCUUAAGAUUUCUGGUUGCUUCCAUCACCUCUUCGCUACCAAGAUGAGUUAUAAAUAGAAUGGGGACAAGCUGAUGUAGUUGGUUUAUGACUGCGUUGUAAAUAUUCUGGCACAAUCUGUUUUCUAAUGCCCUUUUUGGGGAAUGAAAUGACAAUGCUAAGCCCAACUCAAACCUAUAGACAUAACCUGGCUCCUCUGUCGCACUGGUACAGUAUAUGCUGUUAAAUGCUCACUGGAGGGAACAAUUUCAAUAGCAUCCAACCUUUCCUAGUAUCUUAGUUUUAUCAGAUAUUUGAAAAACGAACAGAAUGGAAGAAGCGAAAGCUCACAUCUCCUUUCUGUACCAACAUGUCUUACUUGCAGGUGGACUUGUGGAUGUUUUUUUUUCACUUUUAUUGUUCAAUUUUUUAAGAAUUCCUGGUUUGCAAUGACAAUUCUUACUGUAACUGUUAAAGGCCUUCAAAUAAAGGCAAAACCUUC